UUGUUGAAACAAGGAACGAUUAUGCUGCUUUAUAUCUCUUUGAGUCAUAUGAUCGAUCUGUAAGUGCAGGAAAAUGGCAAGCCAGACACAGGGAAUUCAACAGCUCCUAGCAGCUGAAAAAAGAGCUGCAGAGAAGGUUUCAGAAGCGAGGAAACGAAAAGCACGCAGGUUGAAACAGGCCAAGGAAGAAGCACAGGAAGAAAUUGAGAAAUACAGGCAAGAAAGAGAGAGGCAGUUUAAAGAGUUCGAGGCAAAGCACAUGGGUUCGCGGGAGGACAGAGCUGCACAGAUUGAAGCAGAAACAAAAGUAAAGAUUGCAGAAAUGGAAAAAUCUGUAAAUCAACGAAAGGAAAAGUUAAUAGAAAGGAUUUUGGAAUUGGUGUACGAUAUCAAGCCAGAACUCCAUAAGAACUUCCGAGCUGCAAAGUAGGCUCUGUAUUUGAUGGAAAUAAGUUUCAAAAUUGGUAUAUAAAAUUCCAGUGAAUGUAAUAAAUUGCAUAAAAUUUUUGCCAUCUGUUAUUUAAAAAAGUAUUAUAAACAUUUAUUCGUUACAGCUCAGAUCUGUAGUUUAAAAGUUGGUGGUGGGAUAACCAAACAGAAAACAAAGAAAAUAAACAUUUGUUCAUUAUUAAUGUACCUGUGCAUUUCUCCACCACAUAAGAGGGGAAUUUUUCCCAUUUGGGUCACAUGCAGUAAUAAAUCAACUUUCACACAAUUUUUGUGAUGUGUUUUUAAUUGCUGAUGGCAGAUAAAUUCAGUAUUAAUUUGAAUAGCAGUAUCAGAGUUUAAGGAACAUUAUUCUAAAAGUAAUAGUGAUUAUUUGAAUAUGCUCGUUGUAAUUUUGUUCAGUAAUAAUGCAAUUCUCUAAUCAAAUCCUGUGGCACUUGUUUCACUGCUUUUCAUAUUUAUUUCUUAUAAGAUUUUACUAUAAUAUGUGGUGCAUGGCCUGUUACAAUCCUGUCCCCAUUCCUCCAGUGGUAUAUUUGGUUAUAGAAGUAUAGGGUAGUGAUAGAUGUGGGAUAAAGCAGUGGAUUCCUUGCCUUGUACUGUGUACAGUAAGUGUUAAUAGAUUAAUAAUAUGUAAAUAAAUUUACAGCUAUUGUGUUAUCAUCAUUCCAAAUUGUACCAAAUUAUAUUGUUUGUUAGUUAACAUUAAAAGUGUGUGUGUGUGUGUGUGUGUGUGUGUGUGUGUGUGUGUGUGUGUGUGUGUGUGUGUGUGUGUGUGUGUGUGUGGUUAACGAGUCAUUCUGAAAUGAUGUAAAAUAUUUAACAUAACUUAUGAAAGAAAAUCAUUGUAAAACUUCAUACUUCAUGGCAAGGUAUAAAGUUGGAAUAAAUAUGAAAUAUGUAAAUUUA